GACAGGCUCUGAGGUGCUGCUGUGGCGGCGUCUGCGGGGCUGAGGCGGGUGGGAGCCGGAGCCGAGCGCAGGCUGAGGGAGGAGGGCGGCGACUGGAGAGCUGCGAGAGGUGUGGGACGCGGAGCCUCCUUCACUUUUUCCUUCCCGAGUGCCCCCUCUCUCCCCUCCCACUACAUACACACCCUGUUUGCCCGUGAGCCUGGGGAACUUGCAGCUUAAAGCCAGCCACCCCCACGGCAACAUGUACCCCAGCAACAAGAAGAAAAAGGUGUGGAGAGAGGAGAAAGAACGUUUACUGAAGAUGACCUUAGAGGAGAGACGCAAAGAAUACAUAAGAGACUAUGUUCCCCUGAACACCAUCCUGUCAUGGAAGGAGGAGGUGAAGGGCAAGAGCCAAAAUGAUGAAGAAAAUACUCAGGAAACAUCACAGGUGAAGAAAAGUUUGAAUGAAAAAGUUUCUCUCUAUAGAGGUGACAUCACAUUGCUAGAGGUAGAUGCUAUAGUCAAUGCGGCAAAUGCCAGUCUCCUUGGAGGAGGAGGUGUGGAUGGCUGUAUUCACAGAGCAGCUGGCCCCUGUUUGCUAGCUGAAUGUCGUAACCUGAACGGCUGUGAUACUGGACAUGCAAAAAUCACAUGUGGCUACGACCUGCCUGCAAAAUAUGUCAUCCAUACUGUAGGGCCAAUAGCAAGAGGCCAUAUUAAUGGUUCCCACAAGGAAGACCUUGCAAAUUGCUAUAAAUCAUCUCUGAAGCUGGUGAAAGAAAAUAACAUUCGAUCAGUUGAUAAAUUAGAGGAUGAUAAAAGUACUAAGCACUUCAGCCUAAGGGAGAAGGAGAAUUGA